CUAAGUAUUGGAUACAGUUACAUCCGACAUCUAAUAUUAGUGGAUGCGUAAUUACAUGUAGAGGAGUGAGCCGGAGCCAUGCGCAGCGACAUGGCAUAUCGUGGGCUCUCUCAACACGUGGAGUUGGACCGCGCUGCCGACCCCAAAGAGCGAUUCACGCUGCAGGACCUCAUAGGGGAAGGCACUUAUGGUGAGGUCUACUGUGCCAAAGAUAAGAAGUCUGGCAGAAGAGUUGCCAUAAAGGUUUUAGAAAAUAUUACCGAAAAUAUCGAAGAAAUAGAAGAAGAGUUUUUAGUUUUCAGAGAUUUAUCAGGUCAUCCUAAUAUACCUGAGUUCUUUGGAUUAUUUCUAAAACGUGGCACAUGUUCCGAUGAUGACCAAAUAUGGUUUGUCAUGGAGCUUUGCACUGGUGGCUCAGUGACAGACUUGUGUGCGGGAAUGCGAGCCCGCGGAAGUAAUCUUACCGAGCCACAACUCGCCUACGUCUUGCGAGGAACCGUUCGAGCUCUAACACAUCUUCAUGCUCAUCGAUGCAUGCAUCGUGAUGUCAAAGGUCACAACAUACUCUUGACAGAAGAUGGUGAAGUUAAAUUAGUUGAUUUUGGUGUCUCCUCACAUCUGGCAGCGACUGCGGCUAGAAGAAAUACCUCUGUUGGGACUCCAUACUGGAUGGCACCGGAAGUUAUAGCAUGUGAACAACAAUUAGAUCAGUCUUAUGACUGUAGAUGUGACGUAUGGUCCGUUGGAAUAACAGCAAUUGAACUAGCAGAAGGGGAGCCACCUUUAUCAGGAUUGCAUCCAAUGAGAGCUUUAUUUCAAAUACCUAGAAAUCCACCACCAUCUUUAUCCCACCCGGAAAUAUUCUCCACUCAACUCGGAGAUUUCAUUGGUGAUUGUUUAAUCAAAGAUAUGAACCAAAGGCCAUUUGCCAGAGAACUUUUAGAACAUCCUCUGUUAUUGGCUGUUACCACCUUCGAAGACAAGAUACGUAAAGAACUCCAAGCUGAGAUAAAAAGACAAAGAGCUGAAGGUCGCAGUGGUCGCGCUCCAGAAGCAACAACGAAGAGAGGCAAAUUAAAGUCGCACCGAAAAGCCAAACCUGAGAAGAUGUAUACCGACGAUUUAGCCACUUUAGAGGCCUUAACUGAAGACGCUAUUGUGGAGCAAUUGCAGAAAAGAUACAAUCAAAAUCACAUCUACACUUAUAUUGGAGACAUAUUGGUUGCAGUUAAUCCAUUUACGGAUAUAGGAAUUUAUACUACAAAGUCGCAACAACUAUACCAAGGACGCUGUCGGUCAGAUAAUCCGCCGCAUAUUUACGCAGUAGCUGACGCAGCUCACCAAGCCCUGAUGCAUCAAAAACAACAUCAGGCAAUUGUUAUAUCUGGUGAAAGUGGCGCCGGGAAGACCGAAUCGGCAAAUUUAUUGUUGAAGCAACUUGUAUUUUUGUCUAAGACUCAAAAUCGUUAUUUGGAAGAAAAAAUAUUGCAAGUAAACCCAAUAAUGGAGUCGUUCGGAAACGCCCGCACGGGAAUUAACGCAAACAGUUCCCGCUUCGGAAAAUAUUUGGAUCUGUCUAUGAUGAGGGCGGGAAGGAUAUCCGGAGCACGCAUAUCUGUUUACCUUCUAGAACAAUCCCGUGUGAUUCAUCAGGCACUGGGAGAAAGUAACUUCCACGUGUUUUACUACCUAUACGACGGGCUCGAGAGUGAAGGACGUUGGAGGAAAUUUUAUCUGGAUGAGCAACUCAAGUCUCGACAUCGAUAUCUGCAGCCACUUUCCUCAGUACAUCGUGAACACAACGUGCAUCGGUGGAGGCAACUUAACCAAGCUUUUAAGGUUGUUGGAUUUCAAGAGGAGGAAGUACAAAUCAUAUACAGAAUGCUAACAGCUAUUUUACACCUUGGUGACAUAGAAUUCGGCGAGGCAGCCGGUGAAGAUAACACUGAUAACAAAGCUACUAUAAUCGAUACGGCACCAUUACAUAGAGCUUCAUGCCUCUUAGGUGUAGAAACAGUAGACCUUCGUGAAUGCCUCACCAGCAGUACUGUUGUAGCUCGUGGCGAAACCAUUGCCCGACACAGUUCACCCACCGAAGCCGCAGUGGCUAGAGAUGCAACCGCUAGAGGAUUAUAUGCUAGAGCAUUCGACAGGAUAGUUGAGAGGAUUAACGCACUGCUGUGCCAGAAUAGACCUCAACACAUCGACCAUUUAUCAAUCGGGAUCCUCGAUAUUUUCGGAUUUGAAAAUUUUACAAGAAAUUCCUUUGAACAACUAUGCAUUAAUAUUGCCAACGAACAGAUCCAGUAUUAUUUCAAUCAGCAUAUAUUUACCUGGGAACAGCAAGAGUAUAUGGCUGAAGGAGUACCAGUAGAUCUUGUAGAGUUUUCUGAUAACAGACCAGUUCUGGAUAUGUUGUUGUCAAGACCAAUAGGUUUGUUGGCUUUACUAGAUGAGGAAAGUCGAUUUCCGCGUGCUACAGAUCGAAGUCUUAUAGAAAAGUUCCACAAUAAUGUAAAAAGCAAAUAUUAUGUACGACCGAAAUCUGACGCUGUUUGCUUUGCCGUCCACCAUUUUGCUGGACGUGUUGUUUAUCAAGCAGAUGGUUUCUUAGAGAAGAAUAGGAAUUUCUUACCUCCCGAGGUGGUUCAACUAAUGAGACAGAGUCAAUAUGACAUUAUAAGAUUCCUGUUCCAGUGUCCCAUUACUAAAACUGGAAAUUUAUAUUCUCCUCUGCAAGGGGAUAUUGAUACUAGGAGUUUAGAAAGUCCAUCCGGCGAAAUAAGAGACCGAUUCAAUAGCCGAGGUCUAGCAUCACAGUCCCGAGCACAGCAGACUGUAGCAACGUACUUUAGAUUCUCAUUGAUGGAACUACUUCAGAAGAUGGUGAGCGGUACUCCACAGUUUGUGCGAUGUCUCAAGCCAAACGACUCCCGAUCACCGAAGCAUUUCGAUUCCACAAAAAUAUUAAAACAACUUAGAUAUACAGGUGUAUUAGAAACAAUUCGGAUCAGGCAAAAUGGAUUUUCGCACCGGCUUACUUUUGAUGAAUUUUUGAAGAGAUACGGGUUUUUGGCAUUUAGUUAUGAUGAAGAAAUAAAAGCCAAUCGCGAUACAUGCAGACUUUUGUUACUGAGAUUAAAGAUGGAUGGAUGGGCUUUGGGAAAAUCUAAAGUAUUUCUAAAGUACUACCAUGUUGAAGUUCUUGCAAGAAUUUAUGAAGAACAGAUAAGAAAAAUAAUAUUGGUGCAAGCAAGUGCACGAGGUUGGCUUGCUCGUCGACAAUACCAGCGAUUGAAGGCGCAGAUGGCCAUCUCUGUUCUAACGUUGCAGCGACAUGUUCGUGGCUGGCUUACCAGGAAACGGUUGCAGGAGCGGCAACGGCAACUUGCCAGAGAGUUUCAGAGGGAGCAAGAUAGUCAGAGAAAACAAAAAGCUGGAAUGCUGAAUAAGAAUAAAGCGAUGAUGAAGGCGAAAGUACUGCUCCGUAUGACGUCGGACGACAGUGAUAGUAAUGAAACAAUCUCAGGAGACAAGGAGAAUGUUGACACCAAUCGAGCAGCAGUUGUCAUACAAAGUCAUUUCCGUGGAUACACAGCGCGGCGUCGCUGGGCGAAGGGUCGCGCGCCACCGCCCCCGCAUGCUCCUGCACCUCCUGCGCCCGGCCCUGUGCCGCCCACUACGCUUCUAAUGAAUCAGUACUCCGUACAAGAACGUGCUGCACAACUACAUAACUUUGCGGAACAGGUUCAUAACAAGAACCAAGAACUUCAUAAGAAUCUACGACGCAACAAACCAGGGAUACGUUUGCACGAUGUCCAACGGCCCCCGGAUGAAUAUCGACAACCGCCAGGGUUUACUCUCGUACCAGCAAUCAUACGUGGACAGCCAUCGCAGGUGGAGCGAGAUGCUAGCCGUCUUUCCAGUCCAUCGCCAGAGUUUCUCGAGACCCCUUCAAGACCAUGGGAUGAGCCAUUGCUGGGUAGGAAACAAUAUGAAGUUGGACGGCACAGGCAUCAACAAAGCAGCAAUGAACGUUGCGAACACAGGCAUUUACAGAGCAGCCAAAACUGGAAGAACCUACCUUGUAGCAGGCAGUGUGGCGGUCUAGUCAGCAACAAGAUUAAUGAAUUAGUAAAGAAUUCCAAAAAGGCGGAACCCGCCCCACGGCCUAAAUACAACCCGACACACGACCCCGAGUCAGACCUGAGGAAGAUACUGCGGAACUCGCCCGAGAUGCUCGCCACUCCAGUGUUUAGCUCCGACGACGAUUACACAGAAGGACCUUUCCGUUUCAAACAACUGUUGAGGCCUACACUGGGGCCCACAGAGAGUCUUCGCAAACGAAAAGUCCGUAACUCUUCCGGACAAAGUCCUUGGCUGUCUGACAGUUCGCAAGACAGCAUUAGUUCUAAAGAAGCUUUAUAUAAUAAACGUCGCCCACAGAUCAGUAUGGGUGUUUAUUACAACUAAAUAUUAUAUAAUAUAAAAGUAUAUGUGAUAAGAUAUAACAUCAUUUUAUCAUACAUUUGUAAUAUUCUUGAUCUCUCUGUUUCUUGGGCAAGACCAUUAUGUAAAUAGGUCAAAUAGCAUACAUGUCAAAAUAUUUCAAAACGGAUGAAUUAUUAGUUUUUACCAACUGUAUUGA